AUGAAUGGGAAACACUGGCAUAUCACACUGGCGUUGCAACACGUCCACGUUGCACACAACGUCGAGAGAGCCAUGGUCGCCGCGCCGACGUUGAACAUUUCCUACCCUGCCAAUGGCAGCCAGAAGCUCAUCGACAUCGACGAUGAGCGCAAGCUCGCCGUCUUCAUGGAGAAGCGCAUGGGCGCCGAGGUUUCCGGCGACUCCGUCGGUGACGAGUUCAAGGGCUACAUCUUCCGCAUCACCGGCGGCAACGACAAGCAGGGUUUCCCCAUGAAGCAGGGCGUCAUGCACCCCGGCCGCGUCCGCCUCCUGCUCUCCGAAGGCCACUCGUGCUACCGCCCCCGCCGCGCAGGCGAGCGCAAGAGGAAGUCGGUCCGCGGCUGCAUCGUCGGCAUGGACCUGUCCGUCCUGGCCCUCAGCAUCGUCAAGCAGGGCGAUAGCGACAUCCCCGGCCUGACCGACGUCGUUCACCCCAAGCGCCUGGGUCCCAAGCGUGCCACCAAGAUCCGCCGGUUCUUCGGCCUCACCAAGGAUGACGAUACUAAUCAGGCGUGCCCCUUCCUCCCCGGAACACAGGUCCGCAAGUACGUCAUCCGCCGCGAGGUCCAGCCCAAGGGCGAGGGCAAGAAGCCUUACACCAAGGCCCCCAAGAUCCAGAGACUCGUCACCCCCCAGCGUCUCCAGCACAAGCGCCACCGCGCCGCCCUCAAGCGCCGCCAGACAGAGAAGGUCAAGGACGAGGCCAACGAGUACGCCCAGAUCCUCGCCAAGCGUGUCGCCGAAGCCAAGGCGCACAAGGCCGAUGCCCGCAAGCGCCGCGCCUCUUCUAUGCGCAAGUAG